UAUUAAGCAAAAUUUUAGAAUUUUUUUCAGAGAAUAAUGGAUUCUAUUAAACAUAUAUAUUUGGUGUUAUCUGGUAAAGGAGGAGUUGGUAAAAGUACUGUAGCAACACAAAUUGCACUUGGACUUGUAAAUGAGGGAAAGAAAGUAGGCAUUCUUGAUGUUGAUUUAUGCGGACCUAGUGUUCCUCAUAUGUUAAACUUAAAAGGAAAAGAUGUUCAUCAAUGUUCUGAAGGAUGGGUUCCUGUUUACACUGACGAAUUACAACAAUUAGCUGUUAUGUCUAUUGCAUUUCUAUUGAAGAAUGAAAAUGACGCAGUUGUCUGGAGGGGUCCAAAAAAAAAUGCAAUGAUCAAACAGUUUGUAUCUGAUGUUUAUUGGAAAGACGUUGAGUAUCUAAUAAUAGACACACCACCAGGUACUUCAGAUGAGCAUAUCACUACUGUUGAAUGUCUGCAGUCACUGCAUCCAGAUGGUGCUAUUCUUGUUACCACACCACAAAAUGUGGCAACUGCUGAUGUUCGUAGAGAGAUAACAUUUUGUCGAAAAACUGGAAUAAAAAUUAUUGGCAUUGUUGAAAAUAUGAGUGGCUUUGUGUGUCCAACAUGUUCGGAAUGCUCUAAUCUCUUUUCAAGUGGUGGUGGAGAAGCGCUGGCUGAAUAUGCUGAUAUUCCUUUCCUUGGUAAUAUUCCUAUUGACCCAUCACUUAGCGCAGCCUUAGAAAAGGGAGAAAAUUUCAUGAAUUCAAAAGACUCUCCUACAUUCGAUGCCAUCAUGCGUAUUAUCAAAAAACUGAUUUGAGGUUUACAUUGAUCUAAAGAUUUUUAUUCUGUAUUUUUUAUCGAAUAAAUCGAUGGAUAUUUUUUUACAUUUA